AUGCCUAUGCUCAAAGAUCCCUCCAAGAAAUACAAGAAGUUCAAGCCUAUCCACCUCCCAGAUCGACAAUGGCCCAACAAGACCAUCGACAAGCCGCCCCGCUGGCUGGCGACCGAUCUGCGAGAUGGAAACCAGAGCUUGGCAGACCCAAUGCUGGGCUACAAAGAGAUCGAAGUCUCUUUCCCGUCCGCAUCCCAGACCGACUACGACUUUACUCGCCGCCUGAUCGAGACCCCCGGUGCCGUUCCCGAUGACGUCUGGAUUCAGGUCCUCUCUCCAUGCCGGGAAGAUCUCAUCCGUCGCACGGUUGAUUCCCUCAAGGGCGCCAAAAAGGCCAUCCUGCACCUCUAUCUGGCCACGAGCGAAUGUUUCCGCCGAAUUGUCUUUGGCAUGACCAAGGAGCAGACCUUGGAAUUGGCGGUGCGAUGUACCAAAUUCGCCCGCUCCAUCACUAAGGACGACCCGUCCACGGCCGGCACUGAAUGGCAAUUCGAAUUCUCCCCGGAGACCUUCUCUGAUACAGAACCCGAGUACGUCGUACAGGUCUGUGAGGCCGUCAAGGCCGCCUGGGGUCCCACAGAGGAGCAACCCAUGAUUUUCAACCUGCCCGCCACGGUCGAGAUGUCGACCCCCAACGUCUACGCCGACCAGGUCGAGUAUUUCUGCCGCCACAUGUCCGACCGGAAGACGUUCGCCGUCUCUCUCCACCCGCACAACGACCGCGGCUGCGCCGUCGCUGCGGCUGAGCUGGCUCAGAUGGCCGGAGCGGACCGUGUUGAGGGGACUUUGUUCGGCAACGGAGAGAGAACGGGCAAUGUCGACCUAGUCACAUUGGCGCUCAACCUCUACACGCAAGGUAUCCACCCCGGUAUCGAUUUCUCUGAUCUCAACUCCGUCAUCAAGGUGGUUGAGGAGAGCAACAAGAUCCCUGUCAAUGAAAGGUGGCCGUACGGUGGCCAGCUCGUGGUGUGUGCGUUCAGUGGUAGCCACCAGGACGCCAUCAAGAAAGGCUUCCAGGCCCGCGAAGCCGCCGGCGCUAAAGAUGACGACCCUUGGGAACUGCCCUAUCUUCCUCUGGACCCUCGAGAUAUUGGACGAAACUACGAAGCUGUCAUCCGGGUCAACUCACAGAGUGGCAAGGGUGGUGCCGCCUGGAUCAUUCUGAAGACCCUGGAACUGGACCUGCCUCGGGGACUCCAGAUCGAGUUCAGCAAGAUCGUCCAGAAGGAGACGGAGAGACUCAACCGUGAACUGCGGCAAAGCGAAAUCGUCGCGCUUUUCGAGAACGCCUAUCACCUCAAGACCAACCCGCGCUUCAAUCUGGUCGACUACAACAUCACUGUGGACCGCUCGCAGUCGCCCGCGCCCCCGGAGCCUGGAAAGGCAGUCAACACCAAGAACCUCAAGCGGCGCUUCACGGGUAUCAUCGAGAUCGAUGGCGUCCAGCACGCCAUUACGGGUGUGGGACCCGGUGCCAUUUCGUCUCUGGCCAACGCCUUGGCCACCCUCGGCAUCGACCUCGAUGUGCAGGACUACAAGGAGCACUCUGUGGGUCAGGGUAGAGACGUGCGUGCGGCGACGUAUAUCCAGUGCACGGCUGCGGGUAGCAAGGACACUGUGUGGGGAGUUGGAAUCCACCAGGAUGUGGUCCAGGCCAGUUUGAUUGCGCUGCUGAGUGCGGCCAGCUCGUUCCUCACCUCGCGCGCUGGCUCCCCAGCGCCCUUCCGCCCCGUUCGCUCCAACACCCUGACGGACGAAGAUCUGCAAGCUCUCGAGAAACUCACGAACAACAUCCACAUCAACGAGAAGGACACUUCUUCCGCCAUUGAGGGCGUGAAACAGCAAAAAGUCGAUAUUGAGAAACUCGAGUCGCAAAUCAACGCAGUGUAA